AACAGUGAGUGCACUAGUGUUUGGACUAAUAAUUUUGGAUUUCUUAAGUUUAACGGAAACAAUUUAAACAUUAGUGCAUUUAUUUUUAUUUUAAGUUACUAGUUUUAAUUAACAAUCUUCAAAUCAAUUACAUUUAUCACGAAUUAGAAUGAAGAGUGAUUGAUUUGACUGUUGUACCGAAACAAAUUUGAAACGUUCCAGUCUGAAGUGUGUAGUUAGCUCGAUACAACUGUCAAUCGGGGUGUAGAAAUUAUUUGUAAUUUUCACCGGUUCUCAUGUGCAAUUUCCGAAUGUGUUAGACUAUUUUUAAACCACCGAUCCUUGCGAAAUAAUGUUAUUUAGUGUAUGUGGUGCAUAAAGCUGUGCAAAAAUGGAUGACGGUUCCGUUAAAAUCCAGUCCGGAAUUAACAUCAACAUCAAAAGAACAGAUGGCCGGAUCCACUCAGCCAUAGUCUCGGGCGUGAACCAGGAGUCGCGGUCGGUGACGGUGGAGUGGUAUGAGCGCGGCGAGACCAAGGGCAAGGAAGUGGAGAUCGACGCCAUCCUAGCCCUGAACCCCGAGCUGGUGGGCACGAGGCAGCAGACGCCGCACCUACAGCCGAUGCCCAACAGGCUGGCCAGAGACAUGACACGGCAGUCAAUUCCAGUUGCUACAAAAGCCGCGCCGGCGCGCGUCACGCGCAACAACCAGAUGCGCGUGUCCAACGCUGGCGGCGCGUACACCAACGGCCACGGCGGUGAUACGACAGGGCGGCGCGGCACCGAGAACGUGCCGCCGGCGCAGACGCCCGCGCAGCCCGCGCCGCAGCCCAACUCACGGAUGACACAGCAGUUCAACCCGCCAGUGUCGUCGGCGAGACCAGCGGCGGUGGCCAGCGCGGUGUCGGUCCCACACGCGGUCGCGUCUGGCGCCGUGCGACGCUCGAAUGUGGUGAAGGAGGUGGAGCGGCUGAAGGAGAACCGGGAGAAACGGAGACAGAGGCAGGCCGAGCUCAAAGAGGAGAAGGAAGCCCUAAUGAACAUGGAUCCAGGCAAUCCAAACUGGGAAUUCUUGGCCAUGGUAAGGGAAUACCAGAACACCAUCGACUUCCGGCCGCUCACCGGCAACGAGCCCGUUGAAGACCACCAGAUCACCGUGUGCGUGAGGAAGAGGCCGCUGAACAAGAAAGAGAUGACGAAGAAAGAGGUGGAUGUAAUAAGUGUACCGACAAGAGAUCAGAUGAUCGUCCACGAGCCCAAAAACAAAGUGGACCUCACGAAGUACCUCGAAAACCAGAAGUUCCGAUUCGACUACGCCUUUGACGAUUCCUGCACGAAUGAAGUUGUUUACAAGUACACGGCCAAGCCGCUGGUGCAGACAAUCUUCGAGGGCGGCAUGGCCACGUGCUUCGCGUACGGACAGACAGGCUCCGGAAAGACUCACACGAUGGGUGGAGACUUCCAGGGCAAAAUGCAAGACUGCAAGAAAGGCAUCUACGCGAUGGCCGCGCGCGACGUGUUCAUGUACCUCAAGUCGCCUAAGUACAAGCCGCUAAACCUCAUCGUUUCCGCCUCCUUCUUCGAGAUAUACUCCGGCAAGGUUUUCGAUCUACUGGCGGACAAGGCGAAACUAAGAGUGUUGGAGGACGGCAAGCAGCAGGUGCAGAUAGUGGGGCUCACGGAGAAGGUGGUCGACAACGUGGACGAGGUGUUGAAGCUCAUCCAGCACGGCAACGCCGCCAGGACUUCUGGACAGACGUCUGCGAACUCCAACUCGUCGCGGUCGCACGCCGUAUUUCAGAUAGUGGUGCGCUCGCCCGGCAUGCACCGCGUGCACGGCAAGUUCUCGCUCAUCGACCUCGCGGGCAAUGAGCGCGGCGCCGACACCUCCUCCGCGAACCGGCAGACGCGCAUGGAGAGCGCGGAAAUCAACAAGUCUCUGCUGGCGCUAAAGGAGUGCAUCCGCGCGCUCGGCAUGAAGGGCAACAACCACCUGCCGUUUCGCGUGUCCAAGCUCACGCAGGUGUUGCGCGACAGUUUCAUCGGCGACAAGUCGCGCACCUGCAUGAUCGCCAUGAUCUCGCCCGCCAUGUCUUCGUGCGAGCACUCGCUCAACACGCUGCGCUACGCCGACAGAGUGAAAGAACUGGGAACUUCGGAAGGCACACGAGGUCGGGCCGAGUCGCCGCUGGCUGACGUCGAGAUGGAACCCGCGCACGACGACCUGGCACAUCUGCGAUCUCUUAACGAAGGCGAUAUGUCAGCGGAGAUGUACACGUUCCACGAAGCGAUUGAUGAGUUGCAACGCGCUGAAGAGGAAGUGCUGGACAAUCACAAGGCCAUCACCGAUUACCUGCAGCACGCGCUCCAGCGCUGCAGCGCUUUAUUGACAUUGACGCGGGACGUUGACUAUGAUCAGGACGCGUACGCGACGCAAUGGGAGGAGUUACUGAACGAGCAACUGGCAGUGCUUGCGCAGUCGCGCGACUUGGUCGCGGAGUUCCGCUCCAAAAUGCAACAAGAGGAGCAUAUCUCGCGCCGCAUCCAUCCGCCCCGUCCUCACUAGCACGCAUGCACGCGUACCGGCGCGGGUGCAUAUGCGAACGUGCGUGCAUGCGUGCUAGCGUGCGUGCACGUAGUGUUGAUGUCUCGAAAUCACAUAGGUACGAAUAUUAUUAGGGCUACUGUAAAAUACGUCGCUAGGUGGCGCCAUUCGAAUUUUCGAUAUCCUCUUUGCGUUUAGUUUAGCAAGGAGGGUUUGCGAUGUUGAUUUUUUAUCUGUCAAGCUAAGCUAACAAACGCAGUUUGGUCAAUUAAUUAAUAAUUUAGCUGUUUGUAUUAUUUUUGGAACCGGUUUCGGCCGUGGCUUGUUACGUACCAGCCGAUUCCUUCAAGCGGUUCUGCGUUCCGGUACGAUACCGCGAUUGGUGGUGUGGGUCUUUAAGACUACCAUCUCAUGUGUCUUAGAUUGAUUACGACUUAGACUGCAUCGUCACGUUAUGGGUUUUAAAGCUGACACGCUUAAACCUACCAUUAUAUAAGAGAAAUAAACAUAACUAACUAUUUAACUAAUAUAGAAAUUAUUGUAAAUAAGUGUUUCAAUGAGCUCUAAAUUCAUAAUGUCACCAUUAUUUUUCUUGUAGUCUAUCUAUAUCCAUUAAAUUGUACAUUAUUUUCCUAAUAUAUUGUCACUUUAGUUCAAACAUACGAAAUAGAUUUAAAAAUUUAAUUAGGUAGUACCUUUGUAUUAUAAGUGACGCCAUCUAUGGAUGCUUAAAAUGGUAGCCCAAAUUUAAUUAUAUAUCAUUUGCCAUGUUAAAAUUUAACUUCAUAAAUAUAUUUAUGUAUGAACUCAAAACUUGUUUAAGGAGAAAAAGGACCUAAUUAAUGUUACACUGUUUUCAUUCAAGGAUAUUAGCGUACCGCUGCAAAGAAGAGUACAGGGGCAAAAUUAGAACUGAAACAAAAACAAUAUCUUGGAUUUAACACCCAAGAUUUUGCUUUUGUUUAAAUGGUUUUCAUUUAGAACAAGGAUCUAAUAAAAAGCGUAUUUAUCAUUUUUGAACUUUCUCUGUUCAGUUCCGGUCACUAAUUUCGGUAACCAUACUCCGAUAUCCCGUCUAAAAAUUUAGGUCGCUUACCAUCCGAAUUCGAUCUUGCGUCCGAAGUUAAUUAUUAAUCUAAUACAAAAUUUUUAAAUGGCAGUUUAAAUUCCGUAGUGCUAUUCUUUUUCUACUAUUCUCGGUAGAUAAGGAUAGCAAUACUAAAUUCGAUCUGACAUCAGACCACUGCAUCAUCAUUUACCACCAUAUAACUUUGCAGUCUAGAUUUAAAAAGUGAAAUAAAAAAA